AAAGAACGCAUGAGAUCGAAACUGUAAUUUCCAAUAAGUAAACAUAAACCAUCAGAUUUGGCGAGUAAAGAAGGAUCAAACACGUAAUAUAUACUAAUCUUCUAAUUUUUUUAAAUAAAUUAAUAUAAAGCAUGAACUAAAAAGCUAAAUCAAAAUCUAGCAAAGAGAUAUUGAAAGAAGGAAACAACCCAAUUUAACAAUUAAGUCAAAAACUUUACAUAAAAUAGACAAACCCCAUUCAAGAGUAUUAAGAGCAGUAGCAGCGCCUAUUCGUCCUGUGAAAUCUCGAUGUUUACGGGCUCUAAAAUCAGACCGUCAGUGGAGGAAGAUUAGCCCAUUGAGAGUGUAAAAACGACAUCGUAUUGUGCGUCCAUCGUUUCAUCUACCUCUUUUCCGACAGUUAACUGGUCGGGAAACGACCACUAUUACUGAAAAAGCCACAGAUCCUCCAUCAUUUCUGGUUAAUAACCGACCCUGUCUAGCCCCAAUCUCUCUUCUACUGCCCUUCACAGCCCCCAAAACCUCACAAGAUGAAGGAAACGACUAUCACUAGUCAUCGGAGAAAUCUCAGAGCAUAAGUGUCCAACACUUUUGUCUUUUUCUUUUUUUUUCCGGGUCAAAGAAUUUUUUAAUGUGGUACUUUGGUCGUGGGUUUUAAGUGGGUAUGGGUUUUUUAAGUUGUGGGUCGGGUCUUGUGUCAUGUCCGUUAUAAUAAGGGUAAAUAUAAUAUUUUGUUGAACGGCAGAGUAUAUGUGAACAGAAAGUAUAACAUAGGAUAUGAUUGAACAAUAAAUAAAAGUAAAGGGAUAUAUUUGGCCAUUUUCCGUUAUUAAAAUCAUUAUUGUUAUCAUAAUUAUGAACGCUUUCUAAAUGAAAGCUUUAGUCUUAUCUGAUAGGUAUCACUUCUCAAGUCAAAAUUCAUUCUCUUGAGUGCGAAAAUUUACAAUUGCUACUUCUAACUGUUUUUCUCCGUUAAAGUUACAGAAAGAAGAUUGCUGAAUAUAAAAGGGAUUAACAUCCAAAACAAGAAUUACGAAUAUGUUCAGAUAAAUUCUUAACGAAGAUUAAAAGUACAAAAGUUAUAAGUAUUUAUCUAAAUAAAUCUAUUUAUAUGUCAAUUUGGAUUAUUUUUUGUUUAAAUAUUCAAAACCUAAUCAACCAAUUAUACGUCAACAUUACCUUUUAGAAAUAUUUCCAGAAAGCCUUUUUAAUUUUUUGUGUGGGGUUAUUUUGCUAAGACAGAGCCUUUGAAGCAUUUCAGACCCCAUUUUAUCUUUGAAUAGACUUCCCCUUUUGACAAAGUACAUAUUGGCAACUCGGCCUUACAGUUAUUUUCUUAUUCCUGUUUAUUUUUUUACUGCCAUAAGUUAAAAAUAAGGAAAAUCGUAAGUUAAAUUUUAGAAAAGGAGCAGGUGAAAACCAAUAUAGGACGAACGAGUAGCUUUUCCCGGAGACUGCAAACAUUUUCAUAAAAAUUAUGUGAAAAAUGAUGUUGAGUUUUGACACUAUAACACGUUUGGAAAUUUCUUUUUUCUAUGGUUCAAAAUUCCAAAUUUUGGAUCAUUUUUAAACUGCCUUUCUUUUAACCUUUUCGACUGUUUAAUAGGGAGUUGUAAGCUGUAAAUACUUGUAAUAUUCUUUUUUUUUUGGGGGUUGGGGGGUUAGUAAAGAAUGAUUUAUGCAAGGAUUUAACUUAUAUUAAGUGACAAUGUAGAUGGGUGUAAUUUAACUUGUUGUAAAAGAUUAUUUGUCUUGUUUUAAUUGCCUUUUAAGUGACGUGAAAAACUAUAAGCUCUCAUGGACCAUUUAGUGUGAAGUAUAAGAAAUUUAAUUUCCAUAUAAAUUUCCGUAUUACAUCUAUAUAAUAUCUGGUACCUGAUAUAAAUUUUUUUGCAUAGCUAAUAUAAUCCCCGUAUAAAUAAUAUAUCAUCUGGUUUCUAGUAUUAAACUUUGCAUAAGUUAUGUGGAGUUCGAUACCAAAUAUGAAGCAUUGUAUUGCUAAAUCCAGUAUAGCUUAUACAGGAAUUUUAUGACUUAUUUCAUACAAUAUAGAGUAUGGGAUAAAAGAAUAUUACGUGCCCUUAAAUUAUACAAUCCUUACAUGUCAAUCCAUGCUAUUACGGCAAAACAAUCCUGCAUUUUCUUGAUAAACAGUUUAUGCUAUAUAGUUCAUAAUCCCAGCAUAAACCCUUGUGCAAACAGUAGGGCAAACUCCAAUAGCAAAAUACUAGUACUAGUUUGGAGUACUAUGUCUAUCCCAGUAGCAAAAUUGUUUAAAACUCUGGCAAUUGCUCUGAUUAUCCAAAGGUUCUAAUAAUUUUUACUUCCCAUGAUGUAAUUUACACCAAUGCACUUGUCUUUAUUUGUCUCUACUUUUUACUAUAUCCUGCUUGGAGAUGAUAACUGCAAACAGAAUGGUUUGAUCAAAGUUCUGAUUUAUUCAUGGUUUAAUUUCUUGUACUAGAUGCCAUGUUAGUGUUUUAUAUCACAGUUACUUCGUCGAAAGUCUGAUACUAUUAGGAAUCAGAAUUUGAGUUCAUGUUCUGGAAAAUUCAACAUAUAUGUGGUGAAUUAAAGGGAGAUUCGAAUUGAAUAAGCAGGAUAUCCUUACAUUUUGAGGAAGAAUAGUCUGAUUACCACAGAACAUAACUUUCCAGAAUAGGAUAUCCUACAUUUUACCAAAUUAAGUUGAAUGCAGUUUUAUGAGUGUACAAAUAGUCUCAUCAAAUAUUGAUUGUUAUAUUAUAUGAAAGAAUAUGAACAUCAAGCUCACAACCUUAAGGCAAUAACAGUGGUAGUUUCUUAACUAGUAUAAUACAUUUUGAAAUAACAGUGGUAGUUUCAUACUAAUAUUAAGAAAGAAUUUUUAGUCUAUUUUGAUGGUAGUCUGCCGCUAAUAUUCAGCUGUCCCUUGGAAGCGCUGGUGAAAAGCCUAUAUUGCCUUUUCAAAGUGUUUUGUUGUAUGCAAAAAUUCUAGCACUUCCAAUAUCAUCUCUCUUUCCAUUUCUUUAUUUCAUGAUAAGGGACUUUCACAUUGCAAAGAGAGAGGAAGAUAUUAGUUACUAUGCAGGUUAUGUAGGUUCUUCAUAUAUGCUUGGAAGAGCUUUGACAUCUGUCUUUUGGGGACUAGUGGCUGAUCGAUAUGGCCGAAAACCAGUUAUAAUCUUCGGCACUUUUGUAGUGGUUAUUUUCAAUACUCUCUUUGGUCUUAGUGUCAACUUUUGGAUGGCAAUCAUUACGCGAUUUCUUCUCGGUUCUUUAAAUGGUUUGAUUGGACCAAUAAAGGCAUAUGCUGCUGAAAUUUUUCGUGAAGAAUAUCAAGCACUGGGAAUGUCUACGAUUAGUACUGCAUGGGGAAUCGGAUUGAUUAUUGGCCCAGCUUUAGGAGGCUUCCUUGCCCAGCCUGCAGAGAAAUAUCCGUCAAUAUUCUCUAAGGAUUCUAUAUUUGGGAGAUUUCCCUACUUCUUGCCUUGCUUAAUCAUAUCACUGUUUUCCUUGGUCGUGGCUAUUGCUUCAUUUUGGCUGCCGGAAACAUUGCACAUUCAUGAAUCAAGCAUGCCGGUGCACGAUUCAUACGAGGCUCUGGAGGCUGCAUCUGAUACAAAAGAAGGAAAUGAAUCAACCCCAAAAGAAAACCUAUUUAAGAAUUGGCCGUUGAUGUCAUCCAUCAUAUUAUACUGCGUCUUCUCUCUUCAUGAUAUGGCUUAUACAGAGAUUUUCUCAUUAUGGGCUGUGAGCCCCAGAAAGUUUGGGGGCUUGAGUUAUUCAACUGCUGAUGUUGGUGAAGUACUAUCAAUCUCAGGGUUUGGCCUUCUAGUUUUCCAACUAACUCUAUAUCCAUUGGUUGAGAGGUAUGUUGGCCCUGUUGUCAUUGCUCGAGUUGCAGGAGUUUUGUCGAUUCCCUUGUUGACAAGUUACCCUUAUAUCGCUAUGCUGUCUGGGAUCGCCCUGUCUGUGGCAAUAAAUUUUGCAUCCGUAAUGAAGAAUGCUUUGUCUAUCUCUAUCAUAACAGGAUUGUUCAUAUUGCAAAACAAAGCAGUGAACCAGCGACAACGGGGAGCUGCUAAUGGAAUUGCCAUGACAGCAAUGUCAAUUUUCAAAGCUCUCGGUCCUGCAGGGGGAGGAGCACUCUUUUCUUGGGCGCAAAAAAGGCUUGACGCUUCCAUUCUUCCAGGUGAUCAGGUGGUUUUCUUUGUGCUGAAUGUGAUUGAGGCAAUUGGUGUGCUGAUGACAUUCAAACCAUUCCUAGUUGAAACACAAAAUACAUAGUAGAGAGCUUAUGGUCUUUUUCAUUAAUUAGUUCACCUCUGUUCUCUUUGUAUCUUUUUAAUAUAUAUCAUUUUUUUCUGCUGGCAAUAGUUUUGAGGUUAGAGGCUCUUUUUAUGCUUG